UAUUUUAAUUGAUAAUAUUAGUAAAUAUUAAGGUAUUAACCAAUAUAAUCUGUGAUUAAUUAUGAACAUAUUUCAAGUUGAUUAUUUUAUGUUAUUAUACCCACCAACCCCUUAUUUUCAAGGUGUAGCGACCACUAAACCUAGUAAUAGGGUUGGGGUUGCGUGCCACUGAUAGGUAAUAAAAACUACAAAUUAAGAAUCUUUGAAAUAUUUAUUAUGUAAUCAGUUGUUCUAUGUAAAGUUAGUUUUCUCCAUCUUAAUCAUACGGCAUACUGCAUAGGAUAUAUUUGUUCACUAGUUUCAAUAGCAUGAUGUUAUAUUUGUUGAUACUGGAGUGAAUAAAAUAUAAAUUGACCUAUUAUCAACUUUUUACGUAAGAGCAUUAUCUGUGCUCAAGCGUCGGCUUUUAUUCGAUAUUUUAAUUUUCAAGAUAUUAUGAGCAUUUUUGAUUCGUGAUAUUACACAUAGGUAGGUACUCAUAUCCAUCUUAAAAAUUAAAAUGUCUAAAAAUCGACGAUGCUUAAGCACAGAAAAUAUUCUUUCCAAAAAUUUGAUAUUAGGUAAAUUUUCUAUAAUAACAAAACUAACAAGUAACAACGCAUUAUUGAAAAUAGUAAAAUAAAAUUUGCUUUGUGUAAGACUAAGAAAACAAAUGCAUGGGUAGCGUACUCUUAAACACUCGGGACUUAAAAGGUUCUGGUCAGUGAUUAUAUUGGAAGACUUAGUACUAUAAUUAUAGUUUAUAAUACUUAACAGCAAUUGGUUCAAUAUGGAACUGUCGGAACUCAAAUCUUUAAAUGAAUAAAUAAAUGCACUUGUGUCAUGAGUUUUCUAUGGAGAUAUAAACUUAUUUUUUCAAAUUAACUUCAAAAAAUGUCGAUGUAUAAAAACCAAAAUUUUAACAAAUAAUUUCCAAGUUGUUAAGCUUUAAGCAGAUACUAAGGAUAAUGAUCCACAACAAUAGGUUUAUUAGGAUAUAUGGGGUCUAUAAUGAUUUACAAAUCAUACUAAUUAAUUAUUUAUUCAUUAAAAUAUUAUUAUUUGUAAAAAUUGCCCGAAGGUGUCUGCACUAAACGAAAUGUUACAUAUAUAAUCGGGCCUGGUAGAAACCGCGUGAGUGCGUGACCUUGAACUUAACCUGGUAUAUGGUGUUCGCCAGGUCAAGAUCGUGACAUACCUACACGAAAACUGGUUGCAGUGUAUUAUACACACACUAUACGAUUAUUAUGUAUAUUAAAAGUGAUUUUGGACGGAUAACACGAGAUAAUACGAUAGUUACGUGCACGCGAAUAUCGAAUUUUAUUCCGAUCGCGAUUUUUCUACGUGCAAGUCCUUAUUUUCACGGGCGAGCAGUGGCAUGGCGAUCUUGAAAAUGUUCAGAGGCAGUUCUGAAAAAGUGAUAGCAUCAAAAUCAGGACACAUACCGAUUGCUGAACACGGAAGUCAAUAUCAGGGUUGGAUAAAAAUGAAUUCCUGUUGAAGAUAUGAUUCACAAAAUAAUAUUAUAUUAAAUUAUAAAAUAAAACAAACGGAAAGGAGAAUUGUAUACUCGCAAUUUGAUGGAGUUAUGUCACUCAACAAUUAAUCUUUUUUUCUUCUAUAACUGAACGGCACUAUUAAUACAUUAUAUGGUAUUAAAUGAUAAUUUAUUAGUUAUAACAUACCUGUAUUUGUAACAAUAAUAAUAACAAUAAAACAAUCAUAUCGCGUUAGUUAAAACUCAGUUUACAAAAUACGUAGGUAUUAAUUAUGAUUUUUAUAAAUUAUUUAUGUUCAGUUUUGAUCUUUAUCAAUUUACCGUUUUUUGUCAGGUCAGAAAAUUGUAAUUAUAUAACAAAUUUUUUUAUGAAAAAAAACGUAUUCGUAUUUAAGUCAGUGGAAUCCGUAGAAUUUCUUCCAAUCGAAUAUAAAACCACAAGUUUUGGAUUCUUUCCAUUGGAUUUCGGAAAUUCAACUGUAUACCCUAACCUUAUUACCUAUAAAGAUAAAGACGUUGAAACUCUAUCAGACACUGAAUUGAAAAUUAGUAAUGAAGAUUUGAUGAGCGCCGUUUACAAAAGUCUUAUUAAUGACGAACGUUUGCAUGAUGUAAUAAGUGUUUUUUCAAAUAGAUAUGUGGUUAGAAUUGGUUCCAACAACGUGAGGGUCUUCACAUUUAAAUUUGGCGUUGAUGUGGAAAUCGAUCAUACGAAAUGUGAGAUUGAUCAAAUACGAUUUAUAAAAUCAGUGAUUAAAGGAAUGAUUUGUAAGACUGUUUACGUGUCUGGCGUGAGGUAUAACAUUAAAUGUGAAACUAUCACAUUUAGUUUACUGCCUAUUGACGAAACUGGUAAACUUGAAAUAGAAACAAAAUGUAAGGUCUAAUUUUCGUUCUUGGCUGUAAGACUUUCUGUGAACUUACUGACAUUUAUGACGUUUUUGAUAAGUGAUGUAUCGUUGAAUCGUUUACAUAAUACUAUAGGUAAUUGUAUUAAUUUAUUAUUAAUAUAUUUUUAUUGUAUAAGACAAAAUUGUACGUAGAUACUUGAUAGUUUGAAAUACUAUAUCAAUAGACGAGACACGAGUGGUGACUGAGGAGAUAUUAUUAGUGGAUAAUAGUUAUAAUAUUGAAAAAUAAUAUAGGUAUAAACACCUAAU